AUGUCAAAAAAUUUACUUGUUUUAGGUGGUAGUGGCUCACUUGGUGCUGAAAUUGUUAAAUUUUUCAAAACUAAUGGUUGGAAUACCAUCUCCGUUGAUUUCCGUGAUAGUCCAUCAGCCGAUCUUUCAUUAACCAUUAAAGAUUCUGGUGAAGAAGAAAUCAAUAGUGUUAUCGAAAAAAUCAACUCAAAACAAUUACGUAUUGAUACUUUUGUUUGUGCUGCUGGUGGCUGGACUGGAGGUGAUGCAUCAACCGAUGGUUAUUUAAGUUCAGUUAAAAAAAUGAUCGAUAUGAAUUUAUAUUCAGCAUUAGCUGCUGCUCGUUUAGGUUCCAAACUUUUAAAUGAAGGUGGUUUAUUCGUUUUAACUGGUGCUGCUGCCGCUCUUAACAACACUCCAUUCAUGAUUGCUUAUGGUGCCACAAAAGCUGCUACUCACCACAUUGUUAAAGAUUUAGCUUGCCCAAAUGGUGGUCUUCCAGCCAAAUCAAUUUCCGUAGGUAUUUUACCAGUUACUUUAGAUACUCCAUCAAAUCGUUCAGGUAUGCCAAAUGCAAACUUUGAUGAUUGGACUCCAUUAGAAGAAGUCGCUACCAAACUUUAUGAAUGGUCAUCAAAAUCAGAAUCAAGACCAACCAACGGUUCAUUAAUUAAAUUUGAAACUAAAAGCAAAGUUACUUCAUGGAUUAAUGUAUAA